GGAACGCUACAGAAGAAAUUGGAACUCUUUCUUGACCAGACAUUUUUGGUUAAUGUCAUGUUAAGAAGCUUAACCCGAGGCAGCCAAUUCCACUUUCGUUCCACUCUCUGAGCGAAGCAGCAGCAAAAUGCCAUUCCGAGGAAUUUGCCUUCUAGUGUGCCUCCUCUGCGUGGCACAAAUAACAGCUCAACAAAACACCAGACCCAAGAAAAAGCCAGAAGUCAGAAAAGAUGUUGUAAGCCUCAGAAUGAUUGAAGACAUUAAAGAGCAACUAGAGAAUCUUUCCCAGGAGGUGGCCUUACUAAAGGAAAAGCAAGCACUUCAAACAGUUUGUCUGAAAGGCACCAAAAUCAACCUAAAAUGUUUCCUGGCUUUUUCCCAUCCCAAGACCUAUCAUGAGGCCAGCGAAGACUGCAUUUCCCAGGGUGGCACCCUCAGUACCCCACAGACGGGGGACGAAAAUGAUGCUCUCUAUGACUAUGUGAGGAAGACCCUGGGGACUGAGGUGGAAGUCUGGCUUGGCAUCAAUGACCUGGCAGUGGAAGGCAAAUGGGUGGACAUGACAAGCAACGGCAUUGGCUAUAAGAAUUGGGAAACGGAGAUCACCACCCAGCCUGAUGGAGGGAAGCAAGAAAACUGUGCUGCAUUGUCUGCAGUAGCUGUGGGAAAGUGGUUUGACAAGAGGUGCAGAGACCAGCUGCUCUAUGUGUGCCAGUUCCUGAUUGUUUAAUAGAGAGGUGCCUCUUGGGGAAGGUUGGAUCAAUACAUUCCAUUGAUCCCUGGAACUGAGCUUUGUGUGUGUGCCUGUGUGUGUGUUUGCUUAUACAUAGAUAUAUAGAUAUUUAUGAUGAGACACAUACAUAUGUACACACACUUAGCAGAAAAAAGUUAUGGCAAUGGAUUAGAAUGAAUUAGAUCUAUGCUGCACUUUAAUUGGCUGAAAGCUACAUCCUACUCAUUAGAAGCAACAUUAUACUUACUUAGGUAAAAGUCAUAAGUACCUUUAUUUUUACACUCAAAAUUUUUUACAAAGGCUUUACUAUUUGGGAACAUUCAAACUCUGACAAAGUAAUAUGGUCUUUCAAUUUAUUGUUGCAUGCAAUUUUCCUGCAAUCCUCUUUCUCCCCCUGCUAAUUGCACCAAAUUAAACUGGCUUUUGCUGAAUUGCCCUUAUCCGUUGGACUAAAAAGCUGGAAGUGUUUUUAGCAUCCCUGCUUUCAUUUCACCACUGAACUCAGAAUUAAGCAGAGCUGCAUCAAUUUAUCCUAUGUGAGCAAUGCUAGUAGAAAGAGAAGAAGCAAGGAAGGCGCUAACAAGGUUUUAUGUGUUGUACUAAAAUAUAUAUUUUUAAACUGCUUAA